UCAAAACUCGACGGCUUUCAAGUUUCACAGGAGCAGACAGUGGAGUUGUCCCGUGCGUCUUUUUGGUCAGAGAUGAACCCCGACGUGGAUUACGGAGGCUCCGGGAGCAGCGGCAACGGCAAGCUGCGCCAGUGGCUCAUCGAGCAGGUGGACUGCGGGAAAUAUCCCGGUCUGGUUUGGGAGAACGACGAAAAGACCAUCUUCAGGAUACCGUGGAAACACGCCGGGAAACAGGACUACAACCGGGAUGAGGAUGCCGCGCUUUUUAAGGCCUGGGCGCUGUUCAAAGGCAAGUUUCGGGAGGGCAUCGACAAACCCGACCCGCCGACAUGGAAGACACGCCUGCGCUGCGCCCUCAACAAGAGCAAUGACUUUGAGGAACUGGUGGAAAGGAGCCAGCUGGACAUCUCGGACCCCUACAAAGUUUACCGCAUCAUCCCCGAGGGCGCCAAGAAAAGACCCAGACAGGAGGACAGUCCUCUGAGCCCAGGGAGCUUUCAGAUGCAUCCCUCCUACCCCUCUGUGCCGACUCAGAUGCCACAGUACAUGGCGAGUCCAGAAUGCGGCUGGAGAGAUUACUGUCAGGAGCAGGCCUCUCUGCCCGAGCUGCCCUUCACUCAGUGUCCCUGUCCGCCCCGCACCCUGCCGUGGCAGGGCUCAUCCAUGGAAAAUGGAUACCAGCUAAGAGCCUCAAUUUACUCAUACGGUCCAGCUGAGAGUCAGCCCUCGCCUUUCACACUGGACGCCAGCAUCAGAUCAGCAGAGGCACUUUCAGACUUCCGUCUGCACGUGUCCGUAUAUUUCCGGGACUCUCUGGUGAGAGAGGUGACCACUUCCAGCCCGGAUGGCUGCCAUAUCACUCCUUGCAACCCAGAGAAGCACUACCUGACGCCUGGAGGUCAUGAGUUGGUGCCCCUGCCUGUUGACAGCCUAUCAUCCCAGAGGAGGCCAGACGAGUGUCCUCCGAGUCCACCGGCCAGCCUAGAGAGGGGAGUGUUGCUGUGGAUGCGAGCGGAUGGGCUCUACGCCCGGAGGCUGUGCCAGAGCAGGGUGUACUGGCAGGGAGGCCCGUCGCCGUACGGAGACAAACCCAACAAGCUGGAGAGAGACGUCACCUGUAAACUGCUCCACACGCAGGACUACCUCACAGAGAUUCAGAGCUACGGGCUACGGCCGCCGUCCCGCUUCCAGGUCCUCCUGUGUUUCGGAGAUGAGUGUCUCGACCCACAGAGACAAAGAAGGACCCUCACUGUGCAGGUGGAGCCUCUGUUCACCAGGCAGCUCCUGUACUAUGCCCAGCAGCCGGGCAGCCACUACUACCGCAGCUAUGAGCACCCAGGAGUCACAGACCACAUAAACGCCUCCGAGGACUACCAGAGGGCCAUCACACAUCACCACAGCAGCAGCCUGCAGGAGUGAACUUUGCGGGUUUAAGUGACUGUUGGAAAUGUCGCGAUGACAUUUUACACGACAGGCAAGAAAACUCUGAGAUGAGGACAAAGUGGACACUGGUAUACAAAAAAUGAUGGACAUUAAGUCAGCAACCAUCUGCCCUGUAUGGUUUUUAUAUCUGUGUGUGCAUGUAUAUGUGUGUGUGUGUGUGUGUGUGUGUGUGUGUGUGUGUCUUAAGUCAAAAAUGCAGUGUUA